AUGAUCACAGUCGAGACGUCCACACCGUCUCCAGAGCCCCCUCAAGACCCGUCCCUCGCAGAUCUCUCCAGAAAUGCUUCCGUCAUCUCCUCCUCCAGCUCAGGCUCGGCCUCCUCCCUCCUUCUGAAAACUCCACGCCCUCGCCCCAUCCGCACCUUCUCCUCUCCUCGCUCAAGGAGCCCUGGCGGCCCCACCACCCCCCGCGCAUCCCGGCCCCCGGCAUACCUCACCAGAGAGCUCGGUUUCGCAGAGGAACCCCCAGAAUUCUUACCCCAUCGACAGUCUGCGCGGGCGCAGUCAAAGUCAAAGUCUCGCAGCAGCUCCGCCAACGGUCGCCUCAGCGCGGAAGACUUUGAAUUCGGCGAGGUCUUGGGCGAAGGAUCCUACUCGACCGUUCUGCAUGUCACCCAUCGCGCCACUCGACAAGAGUACGCUAUCAAAGUCAUCGACAAGGGCCACCUCAAGCGCAACAACAAGCUCCAGACCGCCCAUGCGGAGAAAAACACCCUCGUCCGAUUGGGCUCGGGUCAUCCAGGGAUAGUUCGUCUGCACUGGACCUUUCAGGACGACUGGAGCUUAUAUUUUGUCAUCGACCUCGCGAAGAACGGCGAACUCCAGUCUCAGAUAUCUCGCCUGGGGUCUCUCUCGACCUCGUGCGCUCGCUACUACGCCGCGCAGAUGGUGGACGCUCUCGACUACAUGCACGCAAAGGGCGUGAUUCAUCGAGAUCUCAAGCCCGAAAAUCUAUUAUUGGACGAUGCGUUCCGGAUUAAGGUGACGGACUUCGGCACUGGGAAGCUCAUGGACGCAGGCGACGAGCCUGCGAAGACCUUCGUCGGUACCGCACAGUAUCUCUCCCCGGAAUUGCUCGAGGCCAACGAGACCAGCAAGAGCUCCGACCUAUGGGCGCUGGGCUGCGUCCUGUACCAAAUGAUCGCGGGUCGGUUCGCGUUCCAAGGUCUCUCCGAGUAUCUUACCUGGCAGAAGAUCAAGCGGCUCGACUACUCGUUCCCGGACGGGUUCGACGAAAAGGCCAAGGACCUCGUGCGGAAGCUCCUCCGGCUGGGGGCCGGACCGCCUGGCGGCGAUCACGACAUGGCAGCGCUUCGUGCGCACCCGUUUUUCGCAUCGAUCCAUUGGCAGACAUUGUGGACGGGUCCCGCCCCGCCCCUCGAGGCG